AUGGCCAACCAAACACUGCCACUAGCAGUCGAGUCCGUUGUCGGUCCUGGUGCACAUGUUCCCGCCACCACGAGUUUGGCCCGUCGUCCAUUCUAUGCAAUUGCUCACCGUGUCCUUAAAGACUACGGUGUACGAUCCGCCCUUGCACAUGGAGCCAACGCGAUUGAGAUCGACAUGACUGCUUGGUCCAGCGGCUGGUGGGCGGACCAUGAUGGGCUGCCUACCAGCGCGGGGGACACGGCAGAGAAGAUGUUCCAGACCAUUACAGAAGAGCGCAAGGCUGGCAAGAACAUCAUUUUUGUCUGGCUAGACCUAAAGAAUCCCGACUACGAAUCUGAUCCCAAUAAAGAGACAAGUAUCGAGGGGCUCAGGAGGCUAGCUCGGGAUAUUCUACAGCCUGUGGGAGUCAAGGUUUUGUAUGGAUUCUACAAGUCUACUAUCGGUAAAAGAGCGUACCAUUCAAUUCGCAAAGGCUUGAAUGCCAAUGAGGCUCUCAACGUCGACGGUGAGGUAGCAAUGGUUAAAAAGGAGCUUCACGAUUUGCGCCGAGGACAGCGUGUUUAUUCAAAUGGUUUCUUUGACCUUGCUAUGAAGUUUGAGGGUCCCUUGGCCAAUUUGAAGGCUGCCUCCAAGACUGGAGCUUUUGGAAACGUGUUUGGAUGGACACUUGCGAAUCACAAUGACAAGACAAAGGUCGCCCGGCUUGUGAAUGGCGCACAAGUUGAUGGCCUUAUAUAUGGCUUCAAGCACACGCACUAUUAUGACCACGCUAAUACGAGGGGGGCCUUGAACGACAUUAUACGCACUAUCCGGGCGGGCAGCCGCUACCGCUUGGCGAACAUCAAUGAUGACCCUUGGAGCGCAUAG